CAUUUGUUGUUGUUCUAGAGCGCACGCACGCCAGUUCCGCUGCAGUUUUCGGGGGGUGAUAAGCGUGAUUACGGGAGUCAGAAGUGCGAAUCAAUCGUUUCCCCACGCGAAAUUGUGCCACUGCUGCAGGGAUAUCGAAAUACCUGGCUCGUGCUAGAGUGAAGCGAAAGUGAUACGAAACCGAAGUGAGUGUGAAUUUAUUCACGAAAAGGGAAACGUCGAAAUCAAAAGCUCAGCGCUCACAACGCACUCGGGCCCGCACUGAUAAGCGUGUGCGGUGAAUCUUUGGCAGAGUGAAACAAAUUUACCUUCCCCUGCGGUGCGCACAGCUUCCGUGUCCGAUUGUUUCCACCAGGUGAAGGAGCAAAAAAGCAGCAGCAAACGCAAACGGAAUGUGUGCGAACGUGUCGUGUGUUGUGCGCGCUGCCAGCAUGAUGUCACAGUGUGCUACGCUGUGCAGUGCCCCACGGAUGCCACCGCGGCUUAGUCACCGGAUAGGUGGGAUGGCUGGUGCUUCCAUAUCCUUCCACAGUACGGCCCAGCAGCAGCAGCACCGGGUCACCCAACACCAGCCAGCGCGAGUCGUCGCCCGAACUGGAUACAACCACCACCUCCAACGGCAGCCCGUCAUGGCGCGGGCGUACUUCUUUCCGGGAGGUGGCCCGGUGCGGUCCUACACCCAGGCCGCCUCGACCCUCACCCGGGAGCAGCUGCACGAUCUGGUGUACAGGUUAAACGAAGAUGAAAGAGAAUUGCUCAUGAACACGCUGAAGCAAUUCGAAUCCAACAAAGUGAAGGCAAAGUUUGAAGGGCAGUUGGCAGCAACCGUUUGGCGAAGUAGAUUCGGCCGUCCAGCAAAGCUAAAGCCGGUCCUGGGUGAUGUAGAUCCGACCGGUUCCUACUGCGCGGUGCCGGAAGAUUGGCUGCAAAAGAAGUUCGCCGAAACAGUGCCAGUACCACCGACUUCGGACCUCAUGAAACUUGGAUUGGUGAACGCCCUCCCAUUCAUUGGAUUUGGUUUCCUUGACAACUUUACCAUGAUCAUUGCGGGCGACUACAUCGAGCACACGCUCGGGCUGUUCAUGUGCAUAUCGACGAUGGCGGCGGCAGCACUGGGGAACACCAUCAGCGACGUAAUCGGCAUCGGGUCCGCCUUCUACGUGGAGAAGCUGGCCGAAAUGAGUGGCGUGAAGCCGCCGAAGAUGUCGCCGAUCCAGCUGGAGAUGAAAGCCAGCCGAAGGGCGGCCAAUUUGGGACGAGUGCUGGGUAUUACCAUCGGAUGUCUGCUGGGAAUGUGCCCUCUAUUAUUCAUGAAGGAGGAUAAGGAGAAGGAAAAGGACAAGGAUAAGAACAAGCCGUCGGAAGCAAGUGCGACUGAUGCUGCUGCUGCUGCUGCUGCUGCUGCUGCGGAUGGUGUUGCGAACAUUGUUGCCGUGAAAUAAGCCUCCGUUAGUGUGUAAAAGGUACUGAAUUUGAGCUGCUGCUGUUGCUGUGUGUUGUUGUCGGGGAGGCAGACAUUCUGUGGUUUACGGUCAAUUUACGGUGGCGCUUCACCACGUGUGGAGCAACGCAAUCGGAAAUUUAAAUUAGAAACCUUCCAGCUCGUUCCGACCCAUCCCCUCUAGCGCGGUUCAUAUUUUACGUUGAUUGAUCGAUAACGACCGUUUGUUUGAAAUUUCGAAAUCGCUUCGGGCAUUUUACCGACCAACGAAACGAACGAUGAUAGAGCAUCGAGCUCGAUGAGAGAGGAUAGAUUGGCGGUGAUACCCUCCCCCAGGGAGCCAUGGCUGGGUGGUGUAGGAAUAUGUAAAUAUUAUCAGUUGAUCGAAUCCAGUACUACCCGAGACACACGACACGCUUCGCGGCCCCCCCGAAACGACGUGCGAUGUGAUGCGUAUCGCGGAUCAGUGGUAUAGGAUUUAUCGUUCCAUCGUUCCUCUCUGGGAGAUAAUUUGCAUAAGGAUAGAGGAGUUAUUCGAUUAGCCCACUGCACACCAUUGGUGCUACUGUGUUAUUGCUAAUGCUAUAUUUAUUAACCACCACUCUCAACGCAACAGCCCACAAACGCUUUCCUGUGUACUGUUUGAGAGAAAACAAUACGACUUAGUGCAACGUG